AUGAGUGAAUUGGCACUGACAUCGUAUUUGUCAUGUUUAAAAGUUUUGUUUGAUUUGGCGCAUGAUUUCCCCGAAUGCCCGGAUUCGAUCUACGAUCUUCACAGUAUCAUUCAAAUGAAUCCACAUUUUUUCUCCGAAAAAGAUGGACUUUUUGCCACUUGGAAGAGUAUCUGGGCAACGUGGAGCCCUGAGGAGAUGGCAUCGGCACUGCUAAAAUUGUGGAAUCCGCUUCGACCGCUCGGAAACUGUUUUACUACAGAAGCGCAGUGCUUGAUUGCUGAUUUCAAGGAAAUCGAGCAGCGCAAAAAUGUGCAGCAAAAUGACUGCAGUCAUGAAUUGAACAGCAGUGGUCGCAGGAAGAGGAUAAUUGUGAAUUACGGUUAUCGUGUUUGUUGCAGUGAAAACUUAGAAAAUUUUUUCCAGGAUAAGAUUGCUGAGAAAAAACGUUUGGACGUGAUGUCGCAGGACCGACAAAGAUUUAUUAGUUUCCUUACUCAGGAUAAGAUUGCUGAGAAAAAACGUUUGGACGUGAUGUCGCAAGACCGACAAAGAUUUAUUAGUUUCCUUACUCAGGUUUUAUCUGGUGUCCUACAAUCCUUUCGUAAGCUGCCACUUCUGGAAAACAAGCUGUUGAUCGGGAAUCCAGAUUUGGUGUUUCUCGUUGUGCCAUGUAUUUAUUCCACUUUGGAAACAACGCUGAUGCAGGCCAAACGUCACAAAACGAGUCCCACUUGUAUGCAAAUGGAUCUCUCUGUUGCUUAUCGUUCUCUUUUGAAUUGCACAUGUGAGCAUAAGAAUAUCCCGAUCAGUUGCUGGCUGGCCAGUUUCGUAAAGCAUGCGCAAAAAAUUGGUGGCACCGAUCCAGUUGUGCGGUUUUUUCGAUGCGUUGGAGAACUGGAAUUCAUGGGUAUCGUUAAAGCAGCCAGCUAUAGGAACAGAAGCGCUGUCCGAGUGGCCCUCCUACCGACUUCGUUUGCUUUCUAA